UGUCAUCUCAGGGUUCCCUCUCCGUUUCUAUAGGUAGUCCAUAAUGAGUGUCCAUUGGUGUUUAUAGUGGCUGCCCCCUCCCACUCACCGCCUUGGCCCUGCCCACGUUUCCGAGGUCUCACUUUGGUUUAUCUUCUGACGUUCAAGUUCGCUGGAACGUCACGUCCGCACUUGAACUUGCAGCUCAGGGUUUGGGGAGGGCAUGAGGGGGAGGAGGAGGAGCGGGGUCUUCUCUCACUACAUGCGACCUCCAUCAUCAUCAUCAUCAUCACCAUCAUCAUCACCACCAUCAUCAUCAUCGUCGCCACUCUCCCGUUGCGCUAAAAGUCAUGAGGAUCUCCUUUACGCAGCCCGCAGCGCGUUACUCCCCCUCGCUCGUGCGCGUGUGAUCCGCGCACUUCACUUUUGCGUGUGUUUUGAGCGCCUCACUCGCGCGGCGCGUGAUUAUUACGGACGUCAGAUGCAUCCAUGAGGAGAUUUUCACUUGGAGUCUACCUGGAUUUCCCAAUGUGAGCUCCGCUGAGAAGCCGCCACUCCAGCCAACAUGUCUCGCCGCAAACAAGGCAAACCCCAGCACUUGAGCAAACGGGACUUUUCGCCUGAGCCCCUAUCAGGCGUUAUACCAGAAGAGGACUGUCAGGAGUCCCCUAGGCUGAGUAUUGCUCAGGGCGAACCCCUAAAAGGGGACCAGGACCUGCUGACGUGCGGCCAGUGCCAGUCCCGCUUCCCUUUGGCUGACAUCCUGCUGUUCAUUGAACAUAAACGAAGGCAGUGCCACGGGAGUCUCUGUACGGACAAACCCCUCGACAGGCCGCCGUCUUCGCCUCUCUCCUCGCCCCUCUCCACGUCAUCCUCGCACUCAAGGAACCACCACCACCCACGUAGGGUAUGCCGCCCGGUGGAGGUUGCCGUUCAGGUGUCGCCGCGGGACGAGGAUUGUUUAUCGACACCCUUGCAAGGAAUAAUCCCCAAGCAGGAGAAUAUUACAGAUAAAGAUGAGCCCAGCAGUUAUACCUGCACCACAUGCAAGCAACCCUUCACCAGUGCCUGGUUCCUUCUCCAGCAUGCUCAGAACACCCACGGUUUCCGCAUCUAUCUGGAGAGUGAGCCAGGCAGUCCCCUCACCCCUCGUGUAGCUGCUGCUCCAGGGAUGGGGGGUGACUGUGCCACGUCGCAGCCUCCCCUUCACGCCGUGCACCUGGCUGAAGGUAGUCCUUACAGCCUUCUGCGAAUGCCAGGUUCUGGGUCCGGACGAGAUUCAGUAUCCACUCCUCGAGAGGGCCGUUAUCCCCGGACCCCACCCCUGUUCAGCCCGCCUCCGCGUCACCACCUCAGUCCUGAUGACCUGGCCCUGGCAACCCACCAUCCCAGCGCCUUUGACAGGGUGAUGAGACUCAAUUCAAUACCACUUGAACCUCCCCCAAACAUGGACUUCUCCAGAAGGCUCCGUGAACUAGCUGGAAAUGCCACGGGAGCCUCACCUCCUCUCUCCCCGAAUCGGCCCAACCCUAUGCAACGCAUUCUUCAACCGUUCCAGCCAGGUUCAAAGCCUCCAUUCUCUGCAACCCCACCUCUUUCCACCUCUCAGUCACCUUCUGGUUCGAGGUCUACCCCCAACGCCACAUCCAACACAGUUCAACCAGGCACACCAUUAAAGGCAAAGUCUUGUGAGUUCUGUGGGAAGACUUUCAAGUUCCAGAGUAACCUUAUUGUGCACAGACGUAGCCACACAGGGGAAAAGCCAUUCAAGUGUCAUCUGUGUAACCACGCAUGCACCCAGGCAAGUAAGCUAAAACGACACAUGAAGACACACUGUCAGAAUAAGUCCUUGGUGCUUAAUACCAAGUCAGAAGAUGGCCUUUCAACAGCCAGUUCGCCUGAGCCUGGUACCAGCGAGCUGAUGGGCAGUGCCACUGAUGCUCUCAAGUCAGUGGUAGCCAAGUUUAAGAGUGAAAAUAAUGGUCUGAUGGCUGAAAAUGGAGAAGAGGAAGAUGAGGAGGAGGAGGAAGAGGAGGAAGAGGAGGAAGAACAGGAAGAAGAAGAGGAGGAGGAGGAGGAGGAGGAAGAAGAGGGUGAAGAGGAGGAGAUGGAAGGUAAGCCUGUGGUUAGAGACAUCGAAGAGGACAGGAAUGACUAUCGCUUCAGCCUGAGGUUAGAAGGGGCCCGCCAUCACCAGAACAGUGUGGCCCUGCACCCUCGGCGUCGGAGCUCCUCGCAGGAGCCUCCUGAUGAUGACUCAGCGAUGGAGUCAGACCGGACCGAUGACGUGACCACGACAACAAUGAAUGGUCUGGCACCCUUAUCCACUGACGGCCUAUCCAGGAAGUUGUUGGGCGGAGGCAUUAUUAGCCCAGGCUCCCUGAGUCCUCUGUCUAAACGUAUCAAGGUGGAAAAGGAUCUAGACCCCCCGACACCCACUAUCGCAAACUCAGAAAACGUGUAUUCCCAGUGGCUAGCAGGCUACGCUGCCUCGCGACAACUCAAGGACCCCUUCAUCAACUUCACUGGUGGAGAUUCCAGACAAUCGCCCUUUGCCUCCUCAUCGGAGCACUCGUCCGAGAACGGCAGCUUACGCUUCUCGACGCCGCCGGGUGAGCUCGAUGGAGAACGGGCCGCUUCGGGACGCAGCGGCACGGGCAGCGGGGCCAGCACACCCCACGGCGGCAGCGGGAACGGCAGGCCGAGCUCCAAGGACGGCCGCCGGAGCGACACCUGUGAGUUUUGCGGGAAGGUUUUCAAGAACUGCAGCAACUUGACUGUGCACCGACGCAGUCACACUGGAGAGCGACCCUACAAGUGUGAGCUGUGCAGCUACGCCUGCGCCCAGAGCUCCAAGCUCACACGCCACAUGAAAACCCAUGGACAAAUGGGGAAAGACGUUUACAAAUGUGAAAUAUGCCACAUGCCUUUCACUGUCUACAGUACUCUAGAGAAACACAUGAAGAAGUGGCACAGUGACCGUCCUUUAGCUAACAACAUCAAGACUGAGUAGGCAAAGAACAGCAUGCUUUCUCUCUCAGCUCCUUUGGCAAAAUUUCAACCCUGGAUAUGUAGCCAACAGAUGAACGGAAUGGACUACAGGGUCAGACAACAGUACACAGUACAGCCCUGUUAUCGUUCCCAACCACUGGGGCAAUACUCGUGUAUGAAACAAAACGUUUUGAGCCUUUCUAUUGUGCAAUAAUUUACACAUUUUAUAUUUUUUUUUUCUAACUGGACAGCAUGCUCGGUGUAUUCAUGGCUACUCGAAAACUAUCAGUGACUGGUAGGUUUGGUUGUACUCGUGUUGCUGUUGAUCCUUUUGAUUUAGCCAACAUUUUGGAACCCUUGCUGCGGAAAGUACAUACUCUUUAACAUAUCAUGUACAGUUUGGUUUCCAAGCAUAGUGGAACAGUGUCAUAUUAUUCAAACUUCAAACAAAAAAAGCAGGGUCAUGUUUAAAACUGAUUUUUGUUAACGAUUUUCCAUGCGAAAUAGACGUAAAAUACCUAUAUGUACAUAAAUAUAUCUACAAGGAUUGGGCUGCCUAUGAAAUGCUAGGCACUAGCACCAUGACUUAUUUCUUUUAACAAACAAUGAAAAUAAUACUAUGGUGUAAAAUGACAACAAAGAGUGCCUUGGAUAUCUUACCUUCAUUAGUUAAUCCUCCUUUUGCUAUAAACUCGGCGUUUCAGAUGUAGAUGAUUACAGGACAUUUUGUGCACAUAUGGAAUUAAACAGGUCCUUGCAUCAAGCACCUGAACAACCCUGCCGUGUUGUGACUGAGCAGAGCAUUAAGAAACCAGUUGAAACAAAAUUGAAAAGAUUAAAAAAAAAAAAAAAAAAGAUUGUGUUUUUUUUUCUGGCCAAUCAUUUAUCUGCCUGACUGUAUAUUUUCAUUCUUCAGAUUGUCAUUCUGUUUACUGGCAUGUUACAUGCUCAAAAAGGUUUGUGGAGGUUUUCGUUUUCUGGUACAUGUGUAUCAUACUGAGAGGGUACUCUGUAGAGUUGUUUUAACCAACGUGAAGCUCUUAAUUUUCCAGAGUGGUUAUUUUCUUUGAAAAUGAAACUUGGUUUAUUUUUUUUUUGUGUGGUGUUUAACACAAUUGUUUAGUGUCAUCUGGGCAGUCUGUGUAGCCAUCAUUAACUUGAAGACCACAGAAUCGGUUGGAGUCUUUUUCACAUCAGGCAGGUUUUGAUUUUGGUGAUGGUGGGGAUACUUGGUGUGGUUCGAGGUUACGGGAAUGGUAUAACCAGAUGUUUCUACAAUUCAAAAGUUCUAUGCCCUCUUAAUUCUCUUGACAACAUUUUUUUCAAAAUCACAUUGGUCAUACAACUAAAAUAUAAAUUAUACAUCCUCCUCCACACACAUACACAUAGUAUUUUUUUUCUUUUUAGUUAAACGUUGUAACUCAUUUUAAUUGUAGUAUUUCCUCUCACCACCUUGCCAUUUUUUAAAAAAUGAUUAUAGCACUUGUCACUCUGCCUACAGUCUGUAUCUGUCUCUCUAAUCGGAGGUACAGUCGGUUGAGUAUAAAAUGAGGACCGGAUUACAUAUUCCGGACUAUUUACGUGCACUGUUCCAUUUCCCCAGUUUACAGGUGGAUGCUCUCGGGAAAAACUUGGCUCUUGUGCUGAUCAAUGCAGUAACUGUGGUGUCAUUUAAAAAUAGACUAAAAAGAACUAAGCUGAAUUGAAACUAAACAAAGUUGAACAUGCUUUGCUAAAUAUGUCUUGACAGCAAAACCUAACUCUGGUUGAAUUGGGUAUCGAUGCAGAAAAUGCUAUUGAAAUGUCCCAUUAUAUUAUCCUUAAAAUAUACCCUUCAGUACAGUAAAAACUUAAAAAACGUACUUCUUUUUUUUUUUUUACAAAAUAAUUUGUAUUGCUGAUUUUUUUUUUUAAGUACAUGUAAUUUUCUUACGGGAAGAGUUUAUUUAAAUUGUGUUUUUGAUUUGUGUUGUUGAUUCUCUUUGUUGUCUUGUUGACAUUCAGGACUUGAUCACUCUGUAUUGAAUUGUAAUGAACAUGGCUUGUAUAAUUUUUUUGCCUUUACUGUACACGCAUCUUCAGGUUGAACAAAAUAUUUCGCAAUGGGGGAAAUAUAUGAUAAAUAAAUAUAUAGAGAGAACUUAAACACAUAGGAAGAUGCACACUCAUGUAAGUUCCUAAGUUCAAAAUACAUUUAUGGUUGACUUUUUUGUAUUUAGAAUUGCAUUUGAAAUUAAUGUUCACUUAGUGUAGGCACUUAUAGUAUUUAUGUUGGAGCCUGUAUUUUUAAUGGUUUUGCCUGUACUCUUUAAAAGUUUCAAUGUACCCUUUUUUUUCUGUAGUGAAAAAAAAUCCCAACAAGCUGCCACCGUAUAUUUUCUUAAUUUGGCAGGAUAAUAUAGUGUGAAUAAUUUGUAUGCUUGAAAAUAAUGUUUUUCAAAACUAAAAUGUUGUGGUGUUCUUCAAGGGUGAGAGGUCAUAUGAUGACUUUUUCAGGCAGUCCUGCUGGACUUACCACAAUGAGGUAAAAACAGGUGGUUGUACAUAUCCUUUUUUUCUAUGUUUUUCUCCUGCCAUUUUAUAUGCAGUAAUACAAGCUAUUGUUGGGUUUUAUUGUUAGCCAACUUUUUACUGUCCUUAAGCAUGUACCACCUGAUAACAUUCCAGCUGUUAAUGAAACGUGUUUUUUUUUUAUAUGCAAUCAGUCCAUCAUAAAUCUGAAAAGCAAUUUUUUUUUCUUUUGCUGAAUUUUGUUAUUUGGAAUUCAUUUCCUGUUGUAUUUUACUUUGCCAAAACAACCACCGUGCUUGAUUUACAUAGGGUACAUGUCAUACCAUAUGCAAGUUAUAUUGUCAAUAUGAGAAAAUGAUGAAUGAAAAAGAGGUUUGCUCCAUGUUGUAAUAGCAGAUGGUUCUGAUCCCAGUCUGUGUUCUGUACUCUUAUCUGCUCUCAAGUGAACUUGAAGUUGACAUUGGUUGACAUUAUUUAUUAUGACUGUACACCCACAUUCAGUAUAUGCUCUGCUGAGAACAGCGUCACCCAAAAUGCGUCUGUUUAUUCACCGCCAGCCCUUCCUUUGUGAUGAAUUCUGUUGGCUUGGUUUUUGUCUUUGAUGACCAAAAGGUCACAGAUCAACAUUUAAGAGUUCCCGUUCAGCAUACAAUCGUUAUUAUUUUUCAGUUAUGGAAAUGCCACUGUUUUCAGCUGUUGCCUGCAUUUUUCUCUUCACUCAGCCAUUUUGUCUUGGGAUAAAAUAAAACGUAUGACAUACAUACA